CUGGAUAUGACCAUGUUGUAGAUUGAUGCGCGCUUCUGGUGCCGCAUGACCUACUCCAGCGCGUGGUUUCUACUAAAUAACACUACUAUUAAUACCCCGUUUUGCAAUGGAGGCCUUUAACCAAAUAUUACUACAAUAUCCGCCAUUUGUAGUUGGUGGUGUCGGAGCGACGGCGAUUGCUGCAGGAGGAGCGCUGAUCUAUAGAAUUGCAACCAGGAAGAAGCCAAGUCAUGUCCAAGUGAAUUGUUGGUUCUGCAAUCAGGACACAAUUGUUCCCUAUGGGAACAGAAACUGCUGGGAUUGUCCAUACUGCGACCAGUAUAAUGGCUUUCAGGAGAACGGGGACUACAACAAACCCAUUCCUGCUCAAUACAUGGAACAUCUCAACCAUGGUGUUUCCGCCGGUGUCCCUGAGUCACCGAAGACUCUGCAUUGGGUCAAUUGCCAGAUGCUUCUGUGCAAGAAGUGUAACAACAACCAGACACUGAAGAUUAAGCAGCUGGCCUCGUUCAUCCCCAGGGAUGAUGAAAACUAUGAUGAGGAGAUCGAAGUAUAUAAGCACCACCUCGAGCAGACCUACAAGUUGUGCCGGCCGUGCCAGACGGCAGUGGAGUACUACAUCAAACACCAGAACCGACAGCUGCGGGCUCUGCUCUUCAACCACCAGCUCAGACGCAGUCGGGAUGCUGAUAAAGCCUUUAUUAAGAACACUUACUCCCUCAGCACGCCGACCUGGUUGAUCUUGCUCAGAAUCCUUGCGUUUCUCGCCGGUGCCUUCCUUGUAGCUGUGGCUUUGUGUGGAUCUGGAGAUGUGGCCUCCUCUUUCACGCAGACCUUAAGCGGAGUCGCCCCGCCUAAACCUGCUCUCCAAAACGACAGUGAAAGCAAGACUGAUGAGGCCAAAAAGAUGUGGGACGAUCUGGUGGGUCUUCUUCCGGAAGAGGCCGUGGAGAACGUUCGACUCAUCUGGCAGUCCGGAAGUGACCAUCAGAUGGCCGUGGCCUCUAUUGGUGUCCUAACAUGCAUCACAGGGGUCCUAAUGGCAGGACCUGUCAGGUUGAGGAGGAUCGACGCUGUGGCAUCUGUGCUUUGGCUCCUCGUCAUUUGUUUUUACCUGGCCGAGUGUUACCUCAAGACGGACAUCCCUGACUGGUUGGAAACUGUCAAGUUUGGCAUCACUUCUGUGUGUUGUCUGGUGGGAUUCGCUGCCGCUGUGGCAACGCACAAAUCCACGAGUCAAAGAAGAACCAGAGGUCACAGGUAUCUGUCUGGCAGUUCUCCUGAGCCGCACUACAGUAAUCACUGUCCCCUGUUGUCUGCACCUGUGUCUGGAUCCUCUACCUUCAUCCCAACGCCUCCCCCCAACCUGUCACAGCUGCUCAUCCGCCAACAAAGCCACAGAACGCGCAAAGCCUCUCCCUCCUCGCUGCCUGGGCGGCUGAACAGAGCCCUCUCUCUGGGGACUAUCCCCUCCCUCGCACGAGCAGAUUCGGGUUUCCUGUUUAGUGGAAGUAGACCAUCCUUACAGUGUAAAGACUCGCCACCUUCAGACUACUACUCUCUAAAAUCUGGCAGCCGACCUGCCUCUCCUGGACCGUCUCCAACCCCCUCCGUGGCAGGCUCCGUCACUUCCACCUCCAGCUCCGCCAGGCAGCGCCGGCCGCUCAUCAGCCCGGCCAGACUCAACAUCAGUGGGCAAAAGCUGCAGCUCUUUUGCUCUCCUCUGGAGCCUUUCAGUUUGGCCUCACCGCCUUCCUGUCUUUCAGAGCAAAUCCACAUGCACAGCAGAGCAUUCUUGCCUGAUGUUCCUCACUUCCAUUCACAGAAUCAUGGUUCACUGAUCGAUGAGGGCAGUGUGUUUGAGCAUGUGGAAAAGCGAAUGGACAGUUCCUCUUCAUCUUCAAACUGCCAUGUAGACACGACCACAGGAAAUGAAACAGAGAGCAAGGCUGGAUGGAAGGUUUUUUUGGGCCUGACGCUUUGGCCUGGUCUACUGUUUGCCAGCCUGACCAUUAACCUAACCUUUAUAAGCAUCUAUCUCUAUUACAAUUGGAGAUGAGACUAUAGGUCAGACCUCAGGAGUUUAGUGUCAAACUGAGACGUACACUGGUCUUUGUCACAUGUGUUCUUUACAGGAAAUAAGAGAAUAACGUUUCUCUUGGGUGACAACUACAACUUUAUUCUUGCUGCUCAGCAUUUGCAGAAAUACGAAAGGAUUGUUUCCUGGCGCACAUAAAUGAGAAAACCGUAUUCUCUAAACUGAAAUACACAACAGCGAAGUUCUACUUUAUGCCGUGAAGUAUGAGCUAUGUAAAAACAUGUUUUUUUUAGCAUGUUCAAUCAUUUUUCUGUGUUUUUAAACACUGGAUGUGUAUCAGAAUGAAUGAUUGUGCCAUUUCGUUUAACAGAAUGAUGUUUGUUGGGCAUGUGACAUCUUUAUUAAAAAGUCAUUUGGCUUUUUUGCCAUAUUGCUGUACAUUAACUGUUUCUGUUUAUCCAAUUUCCUCAAAGGAUAAUGGCGUCAUAUCAUUAUCAAAAUGAUGUGAUGUUAUAAGGUGCAAUAUGUUUGUGUUGAUCUACUUGUCAACUAUGUGACACUGAAAUGUUGUGUUUAGCAAGUGUCUGUUACUGUGUCCAUUGAGCCUCUGUUUUAUGAUUGACUCAUAAUGUCAAGGGAAAUAGGAUGGAUAAUUUGUACAUAAGAUAAAGGUGUCCAUUUCCAGAUUGAAAUAAAUCUCUCUUGUAAUUGUCA